UGUUUCUAGAAUAGCUCGAUCCAUCAUGGCGAUGCAUGCGAAGGCGACUCCACCACAGAUCCCGGACACCCGCCGGGAGCUAGCUGAACUGGUGAAGAGGAAACAAGAAUUAGCGGAGACACUGGUGAACUUGGAGAGACAAAUAUAUGCAUUUGAAGGCAGCUACCUAGAAGACACCCAGAUGUAUGGCAACAUCAUCAGAGGAUGGGACCGAUAUCUCACUAACCAGAAGAACUCCAAUAGUAAGACAGAUAGAAGGAAUAGGAAAUUCAAGGAAGCAGAGCGUUUAUUCAGCAAGUCAUCUGUUACAUCAGUUGCAGCAGUAUGUGCACUCGGUGGGAUACCGGAUCACAUGAAUGAAAAACGUGAGGCAGGCAGCGGCACGGAAAGCGAUGCCUCUCCAGAUCUCCAGAAUCAAGAGAACGAGCCAAGCCAGGAGGACACGGAAGAUGUGGACACGACGCUUCAGGACCUAAAGCCUCAGAAAGCUGCUUCCUCGUCCUCCUCAGGCAGCCAUCACGGGAGCCACAAGAAGAGGAAGAACAAAAACAGACACAGUCCUUCUGCCAUGUUUGAUUAUGACUUUGAAUUUGACAUGAAGGUUAACAAGAAACCCAGAGCUGAUUAUUCAGCUUAACAAAGACGACUGGAACACCUGGACGCACGAGGAGGAUACGUGUAGAGAAACACAAGAUUUCUGGACUCAAUGAACUUUGUUUUGCCUUUUUUUCCCAUCAGUUGUCAUAUUACAGUCUGUUCUGUGUGUAUUGCUUGAAACAUUCCCCUCCUGACACCAACACUGGGUCACGGUUAAGAUUUUGACCUACCAAGUAAGUAGAUCUAUGGUGUUGCAUGUUACUUGAGGCCUGAUGAGGCCGACCUCCAGUAACACACCAUCUUGUAUAGUGUUUAAAAUGAUUGUAUUUACUAUGUAGUUCAUUUCACAUUGUGAGAAAGUUAAGCUUUUUUUUUUUUAAGCAUCACAUAGUUGUAUAAUCCCUGAAUACCCCAGAUUCUUUUAUUACAUGGUUGUUUUGCAAAAAAAAAUAAAAUACCAGUAAUGU